CAGAUACGCUUCGCAUUUCUUUUUCUAAAAAAACAUAUUAGAAUUCCGAUGGGGUUUAGAACCGAAACCAUUGGUAGUAUUUUCGGUUCCACCAUGUUCUUCCUAAUCUUCUUCAUCUUGCUUCUGUCACAGCAUCAUUGUGCUGAAGUUUAUGAAAUAACGCCGUCACAACCAUUUUCACAGACACAAACCCUUGUCUCCCCCAGCCGCAUUUUCGAAUUGGGGUUCUUCAGUCCUAAUGGUUCGGUUAACAAGUACGUGGGGAUAUGGCACACGAACAUAUCUCCGCGUAAAGUUGUAUGGGUUGCCAACAGAGAAAAUCCUAUUGCAGCUUCAGAUACCUUGGCUAAUUUGACAAUUAGCAGCAAUGGGAAUCUGGAGCUUGUAGAUGGGAAGCAGAAUUCUCUUUGGUCAACGAAUAUUUCAGUGCCAUCUAAUGGUUCAGCUGCAGAGCUUUUGGACAACGGAAAUCUUGUCGUAAAAGAUGAUGAUGUCGGAGCUGAUCCAUUGUGGCAGAGUUUUGAUUAUCCUAGUGACACAAUUCUACCAAAUAUGGUGCUGGGAUUCAAUAGUAAAUCCGGAAAGCGCAGUUUAAUGAAAGCCUGGAAAAGUGAGAGUGAUCCAUCAGCUGGCUUGUUCUUGGCUGGACUUUCACGGGACGUUCCAUCACAAGUGUUCAUUUGGAUUAAUGAAUCGAAACCCUACUGGAGAAGUGGGGCAUGGGAUAAAUCCAUGUUCAUCGGGGUACCGGAUAUGGAUGGUCAAUAUCUAAGUGGAUUCACUCUAAAUGCUGAUGUGAACCAGGGAACAAAAUAUUUUUCUUAUAGGUUUUUUGACAAUACGCUUUCAUAUUUUGGCAUCUCUUCGGACGGAGUACUGAGUCUUAAGCUUUCGGACAAUGGCAGCAACUGGUGGCUAAGCUGGGAGGCACUGGUGAAUCCAUGUGAAAUUUAUGGAACAUGUGGAGUUAAUGGUGUCUGCAAAGGUUCUGAAUCUCCAAAUCCAAAUUGCGAGUGUUUGAAAGAGUUCGAAAUGGAAACACGACUGGAGGAUGAAGGAAAGCCAGUAAAGCUAAUUGCCAGCGUCACUGCUGUUGGUUUUAUCAGUAUCUUGAGUGCCAUAGAAAAAACAAAGUUAAUGCAGUUGAAUCAUACAAGUGAUCAUUCAGGUGACAAUCUUCAAGAAUACAUAAGAAAACAUGAUCCGUCGGAGCUAUUCAUCUACGACUUUGACAGCAUAUUAACUGCUACAAACAAUUUCAGCACCACGAACAAACUCGGGGAAGGAGGUUUCGGCCCUGUUUACAAGGGUAAGCUACAAGAAGGGAAGGAAACAGCCGUAAAAAGACUAUCCAGUAGCUCGGGGCAAGGCAUGGAGGAGUUCAAGAAUGAGAUGCUGUUGAUCUCCAAACUCCAACACAAGAAUCUUGUUAGGAUCAUGGGCUGCUGCGUCAAAGACGAUGAAAAGUUACUGAUUUAUGAAUUCAUGCCGAACAAAAGCUUGGAUACUCUUCUAUUUGAUCCUAAGUGCAGAGAAGAGCUUGAUUGGGCUACACGCUUCAAUAUUAUCCAGGGAGUUGCUAGAGGAUUUCUUUACCUCCACCACGAUUCCUGUUUGAAGGUAAUCCAUAGAGAUUUGAAGGUUAGAAACAUUCUCCUAGAUGAGAAUAUGUGACACGCCCCAACCUGAUAUACCCAAAUACUAGGAUGGGCAUGUGUUGGCCGACACGUGAGAGUGUCGAAGCCAUUUUAAACAUGCAAACAAUAAGAUAAAUAAUUAGAAAGAAACAUGUCGACGCGGAACAUGUUCAGAGCAUACAACUAAUCAAGGAAUACAUGAAAGAAUUACAAUAAAAUAUAUGAAUAAAGGAGUGGUUCUACACUGGAAAGACUCGAAGAUACCUACGUAAAGAUGCCCUAACGCCGGGAUCAUGUGCCUCGAACCUAAAUCCUGAAGGGGGCGCAAAACAGAAAAGGUGAGUGGACCAAAGUUUAUAAUAAUACUAAUAAUACGAAAACCAUUUUAAUUUAGAACAUAAU